UCCACACGUUCCAUUUCUACUAUAUAUCCCACUUCCUAACCCCAAAGCUGAAAACCUAUUUGCUUUAAACUCUUCUCUCUUUCUUCAACAAUGGCUUCAUCUUCUUCUCUUAUCUUAGCUCUCACCAUUUCCACUUGCAUCUUCAUUUCUCUCAUAACACCUUCACACUCAGCUCUCAAAUGUGCUUCUCAAAAGCUUCCAUCAAACCGUUCUUACACAAACUGCACAGAUCUUCCAUCUCUUUCAGCCACACUCCACUUUUCCUACAACACCACCAACCACUCCAUCGCCAUCGCCUUCUCCGCAACACCGAAGAAUAAAGAUGAUUGGGUUUCAUGGGGUAUUAACCCUACCGGAGGUAAAAUGGUUGGAGCACAAGCACUCAUAGCAUACAAAACCAACGGUAACGUUGGUGUCUACACAUAUAACCUAACUUCCUUCGGUGGAAUUAACGAAGUAAAAAGCCUCUCCGUUGAAACAUGGGGGUUGUCUGCUGAAGAAUCUAACGGUGUUAUAACGAUAUUUGCGGGAGUUAAGUUGCCGGAAAAGUCGGACAAUGUUACUCAGGUAUGGCAAGUGGGGCCGGUUGUCGCAGGAAAGCCAGGGAAACAUUUGUUUGAGAAGGAGAAUCUUAAUGCUUUCACGGCGUUGUCGGUGGUGGGAUCCACCACAGUGGGAGGUGCAAAUAGCACUGGUGGUGCACCUGGUCCUAAAGGUGAUGAAAAGAGUGGUGGGGUUGGUUUGGUUAUGGGAUAUUACUUUGGGUUUGUUUUGCUUUUCUUGAGUUUAAUUACUACCAUGUGAGAAGAGAAUGAUUCUGAAGUGAUUCUUUUACACUCUCUUUCUCAAACAAUAAUUUUUCUUAUUUAUAUUUAUUAGUUGUAUUAUCAAUAUCAUUAUCUUUCUCUUUUUUGGUUUGUUUGUGGUUUUUAUUACUUUUUAGUAUAUUUGAUCUUUUCUGAUUGAGAUCUGAUUCGUUAGAUGAUGAUUUGUAAUUUUGUAUCCAAUUUAGCAAUUCAGCUUUUAUUACA